AUGAUAAAUUUUUAUGAAAUAAAUAGUUCAACUAUACAUCUAAUACACUUACAUAGUGAAUCAAGUUAUUCCCAGAGAGAAUAUGACCACUUUUUUGGGUUUGUGCAGGGAUAUUAUAAAUCAUUUAAAAGGGUAAGUUUAAAAAGACAUUUUGUAAAAGUACUGAAGUGUCCUUGAAUUCUAUGCACCAUUCGGAUCCGACGAUAAUAUUAUAUUUUUGAAAGAAAAAAUGUAAUUUUUCAUCGUUUAUCAAAUCAUUACAAAUAAUCAGUAUUAAUCAACAAGAAUAGAGAAUGAUGAUAAAGCACUGAACGGUAAACAAUCGAAUAAAUAGAUUAUUGCAUAAAAUAUCAUUAUAAUACAUAAUAAGACAGAG